AUGUCCAACCUCCCACCAUCCCGCAAGCGCAAAUCCCCACCCUCCCCCUCUAUCCCCGGUCCCCGCUUCCCAAGCCCAAUACAAACCCCGCACGCAGCCUACAACCCCCAGUUCCAAGCCGCGCUCUGCCUUGCCCGUUACACAGCACGGCGCCGCAGGACCGGGCUGCACGCCCUUGGGACGCGUGAGGCACAGGCAUGGAGGGAAGUUUUGGGCGGGAUGUUUAGUGCGCUGAGCGAGGGUGUGAGUGUCAGAGGAGGGAAAGUAAAAGGCAAAGAAGAAGGAAAUGGGAAUAAAGACGCGGUGAUUGGCCUUAUCGCUGGCAUUUACAAAAUACAGCAUACAUCUGAUACCCCUGAGACACCGGCCCUCAAUCUCCUAACGCAUACACAUCGCAGACUAAGUGUACAGCUGGAUGAGCUGACGCGACUUGUGCCUAUGCGUCGGGGUGUUGGGGCGGAGCUGGAUGAGGUUGUUUUUGCAGUUUAUGGGUUGGUUGUGGGGAUGCAUGGUUUACUUUUUUCUGGUAUGGGUGACGCCGCUGCUAACCCCUCGCUCAGAAAUAUUCUACCUUACACGCCUCUCCGCCUGUCCGGUCUACGCUACUGGGCCGCCUGCAUCAAAGAGGCAGCGGGGGAGCGGGAUAGCGCGUAUCAUGCGCUUGGGCAUUUGGUUCCGGAGGUUGAGGAGGUGAAGGGGGUGUUGGAGGUGGAGGGGGGGUUUGGGGGAGAGGAGUGGGAGGGAGAGUGGGGUUGGGUGGCGGGGUUGAAGGUUUUGAGGGGGUGGGGGUUGGAGGGGUUGGAGGGGGGGACGGUGGAGGAGAGGGGGGAGAAGAAGAGGCGGUUGGGUGUGGAGGGGGAGAGUGAGCGGCAGGAGAGUGAGCAGCAGGAGAGUGAGCGGCAGGAGAGAGAGCAGCAGGAGAGAGAGCGGCAGGAAAUGGAAAGGCGGUUAGCUGUAGAGAAAGAAGAAAAGAAACAACAAGAACAGAAACAGCAGCAACAGCAAUUAGCUGCGGCGUUAGAAAAGGAGAAACGGCAGUUGGCAUUAGAAAAGGAAGAAAAGGAACGGCAGUUAACAUUAGAGAGGAAAGAAAAAGAACGACAAGAAAGAGAACAACGGCAAGAAAAGGAACGUCAGUCAGCUAUAGCAGUGGAAGAAAAGAAACAGCAAUUAGCUAUUGCGUUGGAAGCAAAGAAGAGACAAUUAAUUAUAAAUAAGGAAGAGAAGGAACAAGAAGAAAAAGAACAAAAGCUUGCUAUGGAGAGGGACGAAAAAGAAGCAAAACGACAAGAAAUGAAUCGACGUUUAGCUACAGCGUUAGCAGAAAGAAAACAACAGUUGAUGGUGGAGCAGCAAGAAAGGGAACGGCAAGAAAAGACACAGCAGUUGGCUAUGACGAUGGAAGAAAGGAAAGAAAAGUUGGUUGUAGAAAGGAGACAGGAACAGAAACGGGGCCACCCAGCCUCUCCCAAAGAAGCACAGAUUCGAAAUCCAAGACAAAGUCCAGCAAAGCCUGGUAUUGAUCUGUCAGGAUUGUCUAAUUCAUGCACGGGUCUCACGCCCAAGAAUCCGUUUGUCACGAGUCCUACGCCGCAUCCGUUUGUCACGAGUCCAAUGCCGCAUCCAUUCGUCACAAAACCCGUGCCCAAGCAUCCAUUCAUCACGAAUACUACACCCAAAAAUCCGUUCAUCACGAAGACUACGCCCAAAAAUCCGUUCAUCACGAAGACUACGCCCAAAAGUCCAAUACCCAAAGCCUCCACACCCCCAAACCCCUUUUUGACAAAUCGCUUUCUUACAAAUUCUACGCCGACAAAUUCCACACGCACGAAUCCUGCAUCCAAGAACGGCUUUGUCAGGACAGCGACGGGGGAAAAGUCAAUGUCGAAUACACACAUGGGCACGAAUCUCUCUGUCACGAACGCUACUCCUAAAAGCCUGAAUUCCACGAAUCCUUCACCCUCAAAUCCCUUUCUCAAGACCACUGCUCCUAAAAGUCUCCAUUGCACAAUUCCUACACCCACACCCCCCUUUCUCAAAAACACUACUCCUAACCAUUCCCGCCCUGCAAACUCCACACCCACAACCCCCGUCCCCAUAACGCCGACGGCAAAGAAAGCAAACACAACACGACCCUCAUCCAGCUCGACGCCCACCCCGCAACCCACCUGCCGCUUCUUCAAAACCCAAGCCUGCGUCCACGGCUCUGCGUGCAAAUUCGCCCACAGCGAUGGUGAUUUUUCUGCUGCUCUUGGUCCUGGGCUGACAGGUAGUACCGGUAUAACUGCAUCUCGCAGUCCAUUGGAUGGUGGAAGUAAGAGAAAUCCAAAGCAUCCUCCUGCUCCUGCUCCUUCUUCUGCACCCGCACCACCAUCCCCCCAGCCCUGCCACUUCUUCCAGCGUGGAAGCUGCAAGAACGGUGCGUCGUGCCGCUAUGUACAUGGGCGUGUGGGGGAGUUUGGUACAAUGCGCGAUACUGCCCAUUCUACUCCCCACCGCACCAGCAACAUCUUGGCUCAGGCUCAGGCUGCGGCCAAAGGAAAAGGCUGGAUGAAGAAUUUGCAGUGUCGACAAGGUGCGGGGUGUAGGAAUCGGAAGUGUGGGUUUGGGCAUGAGGGGUUGGGGGGUGAGUGA